AUGAAAACGUUACUCUGGUGCUGUUGUUGGGCGCUGAUGUUCGCGUCGGCGAUGCGGCCGUCCCUGGCCACGCCGACGACGACAAACAGCUCGUCCGCGGAACAACAUCAACGUAGAUUGCACGACGCCGGAACGUCUCAAAACUCCACAGCCAUUACGACGUCGUCCCCGGUGGACGGAGUCGGUGACGACGACAACGGCAGUCGGGCCUCUGACUCGGGAGAGUUGACCGGUGGUGACCGCGGAGAAGACGACGGCGGCGGUGGUGGUGGUGGUGGCGUCGUUAGCGCCGACGGCAUCACCGCUAGCGACCGGGUGUCCGAACUCUACGAGGACCUCGAGGAUUCUGUGGUGUUUGAAGACUCGGACGGCCACGGCCACGACGGCGGUGUGUCAGCUGACGACGCUGCCGCGGAUCACCAGCUGCCGCUGACCGACGUCGGACCGGUGCCGGCCAACGGCGGCGAAUCGUCUGCGUCCGCCGAGGAGUACGACGCGGCCGCCGAGGACGCAUCGCCCGCCGGCACCAGCCCCGUCGGCCACGUCCUGCAGCGGUCGGUCAAGUAUCCCGAGUACGUGCGGUCGUCCAGCUACCGGCGAGGGUGGCCAGGCGGCAACGUCACCCGGCCCGAAGAGCUUUUCCGAUUCUGGGACCCGUACGAGUUGACGGCCACGCCUGCCGUGUCGUCCCUGUGUACCGAGCACGUGCAUCUCUACCAAGCAGCCCUGCGCAACGGCAAGAUGUGGGCAUUUAAAAUGUCAGAUGCUAGUGGACAUUACAGCAGUGGUUAUUUCUGGGGAAAUACUUUCUGGUUAGGAUCGAAAAGUUUGUGUACAGAAAUAUCAGAAUAUGAUGAAGAAUUACCUUUCAAACUAGGAUUCAAUAUAAUAAAAACAUACAUCGCCUUAAAAGCACCAAUUAAUUUUACGGAGAGAUAUCAACACUUGGGUUUGUGUUUGCCUUACUCCUGUUCCAAAGAAGACGUGGACGAGAUGGUCAAUCAGACGCUCCAUCAAGACAUCCCGGAAAGAGAUGUAAGAGUCGCCAAGGUGAAAUCGCCUCACGAUCACUACGACUUGUUUGAUGACAGAGUUUUCUGGCUUCUCGUAAUAAUAUCCGCCACAACCACGGUGUUCCUGAUAUUGGGCACGGGCUUAGACAUGUACUUGGAGAAAAACGACCGUAACAAAAUGAACGGGUUCAUGUUUGACAAUUACAGGUACGCUGUCAGCAGUGCCAAGUUACAACCGCUCUCAGAACAUUCCAAAAUAGAUUUGGAGUCUGAAUCUUCGAAGAGCUCUGAGACGUUAUCUAAGACCGAACCGAUGACUUGUACAGCCGUGAACAUGUUGCUGGCGUUUUCUGUGCGAAGAAACUUAAGACAAAUAUGCGAUAAGUCGAUUGGCGAAGACACGAUAUCCACGGUACAUGGUCUCCGGUCACUGAGCAUGGUGUGGAUUGUUUUGGGCCACGUUUGCAUUGUUUCAUUUAAAUACUCGGACAACAUGGAAUUCCGUACCACGGCCGAACGGCAUUUGUUGUUUCAAUUGAUCAACAAAGCGACGUAUUCAGUAGAUACUUUCUUCUUCAUCAGCGGACUUUUGGUUUCAUUUCUAUACUUCAGGACCACGGCAAAAGUUGACGUUAACAAACUGACCAAAACCACAGGUUUUUUGUCCAAUUUUAUCGAGUUCAUAGGACUUUUGGUUUACCGAUUCUGCAGACUUACUGCACCAUAUUUCUUUGCCUUGGGCGUGGUACAGCUGACAAUGAAAUGGUUCCAUUAUAACUCCGUGUUCGACCCCCCGACAGACGACCACUUAAAUUGCCCGAAAUAUUGGUGGAGAAAUCUGCUGUAUAUCAAUACUCUGUUCCCCGUUCAAGACAUGUGCAUGCUUUGGAGUUGGUACUUGGCAGACGACACGCAAUUCUACAUACUAGGUGUCAUUCUUCUAAUACUAUCUGUUCGGUAUUUCAAAGUAUCGGCUGUCAUUUUAGUACUUUGUACGGUCGCCUCGUGGUUCACUACCGGAUACAUAGCGUACACCAACAAGCACAUGCCAAACAUUGACGACCCGCUGGCGCUAUUCGACAAGAUCUACGACAAACCGUGGACGAGACUUGGACCGUAUUUCGUGGCAUGUCCAAUCGGAUGGCUGCUGUUUAAGGACUGA